UUAAAAUAUUUUUUACUGAAAAAAAUAUUCAAUCAUCRAUUGAUCGGAUCUAAACCAAAUAUCUUCGUCAAUGGCAUCCAAUCGUAGUGCUGGUGGUGGUGGUGGUCGUCGUCGUCGUCGUCGUCAACGGAAAUUAAAUAGAAGAGCACAGAAAGCCGAGUUCUGGCCACAUGUCGUGGAUCCACAAUAUCGGGAUCACAUCGUGAAAGUACACCAAGGAUUAGCUGACUAUAGUAAUGACUUUGACCAGAAUGUACUUCAGGCACCAUUUGGUACGGCAGCGGGUAAUACGUUCAGUGAUCUGUACGAAUGGGACGACACUAUUCAACAAUAUAAACGUAAAAAAGGUCGAAUCAAAAUUCCGAAGUGGCGACCAAUUCAGGGACCGGCCAAUUGGGAUCAGUUGUGGCCAACCUAUGAUGAUAUCGGUCAAGACUAUCUGAGACCGGAUCCAACUCCCAAUGCAUCGAAUGUGCCGCGACCUCUACAUAGAGAUCAGUUGAACUAUUUGAAGAAAUCGGGCGAAGCGUACGAUAAAUUAAAAUUUAUAAAAAUGUUGGGCGAAGGAGCUUUCGGAUCGGUCUGGGAGGUCAAAGCUCGCCAUUGGGAUGACAGUAAAAAACGAUACGAAAAAGUAGAGUUGGCCGUUAAGAUAUUGCGAUUGGAUUCGUCAACAGACAAUAGACUAACAUACGACAUGCAUUAUCUUUUGCUGGACAUGUAUCAGCUUCGAUACCUCAAACAUCCAUACAUAGUGAAGUACUACGACAUUAUCGGUAUUCCCGAUCAAGUGACCGGUUUUCCUUACGCCCGGUGCCUAAUAUUGAUGGAACUGUGCAAAGGCGACGUUCAAACUCUUCUUGAGGAACAGCCGGAUGAACGCAUGGAUGAACRCCACACUCGCCAUUUGAUGUACUGUAUGGCCAGUGCUGUACAGUAUAUACACAACCAACGGGUGGUCCACUUUGAUAUCAAACCGUUGAACAUUUUUUUGCAUCCGCAGAGCAGUACCUACAAAUUAGGUGAUUUCGGAGUGGCCGUUAGCUACGCGGACAAUGUGCCCAUGGAGACCGAUAGCAAUUCAGGUUCACCAUUCUAUCAGGCACCGGAAUUAAUGGAUUAUAUGCCCGAUCCAGUGGAGAGCCCUCCGUGCGAUAUCUUCUCAUUGGGCAUGACUUUUAUGCAAUGUCUGUUUGGUUACGAACAUAUCGUAGAGGGAAUGACUGAGUUGACACCAGAUACAUAUGUCUAUCAAAUCUCGUUACUCAAUACACCCGAUUGUUUAUUAUCUAAUCCGCCGACACUGAGCGCCGAAGCCAUCAAACUAUUGCUGGCAAUGACUGAACUUAAUCCAUCCGACAGAUUUACCAUUGAUCAGGUAGUAAAUGAUGUUUGGUUACAAUAA